AUGGAGGAAUUGGCCGCCGUACAAGUCGACCCAGCGGCUGUUUCCAAGAAAUCCGAAAACGGGUUGAGUUUUAACCCUAGGAAGAACGUUCCGGCGUGGAAAUGGAUCCUCAUGUGCGUUGCGCUGUAUCUGGGCGCUCUCCUUUACGGUCUCGACACCACGGUCGCCGCCGACGUCCAGGCCCAAGUUUAUGAAGAUCUGGGCCAUAUCGAAAACUUGCAAUGGGUUGGACUGGGGUUUCCAAUGGCAUCAGCCGCGACUAUUCUGCUUUUUACUCGAGCGUACGGCUUGUUCGACGUUAAAAGGCUGCUUCUGUCCAGCCUUCUGAUCUUCGAGAUCGGCAGCGCGAUCUGCGGUGCUGCGCCUACUUCUGACGUCUUGAUUGCCGGUCGGGUCAUCGCAGGUGUUGGUGGCGCAGGAAUGUACUUGGGGGCGCUGACUUACAUCUCUGCAUUUACGACAAGGUCGGAGGCGCCUCUUUAUAACGCCUUGAUUGGGCUGAGUUGGGGCGUAGGCUCUAUUCUCGGACCUAUCGUUGGAGGUUUAUUCUCUGUUAGCAGCGCGACUUGGCGUUGGGCUUUCUACAUCAAUCUUCCACUGGCAGCUUUUCUGCUGCCCGUCUACGUAUUCAUCUUUCUCCCACGCAAUCCUCGCCCGGAUCUCACUUUAAAAGAGAAGCUCUCUAUGAUUGACUGGGUCGGAGCCACACUAAGCGCUGCUACUUUUGUGAUAUUCAUCGUUGUUGUCUGCUUCAGUGGUUCAACCUAUACAUGGGGAUCCAGAGAAGCCAUAGCUCUCUGGGUUGUGUUCGGAGUUUGUCUGAUCAUGUUGACUGUUCAGCAAGCUUUCCACAUGUUCACAACCGAGGAAAAGAGAAUAUUUCCUGUCCAUUUCCUCAAGUCGCGCACGCUGGUUCUACUGUUCAUUGCUACUGGCAGUGCGUCCGGAGCACAGGGUAUCACGCUCUAUUAUACGCCACUUUUCUUUCAAUUUACGAAGGGGGACUCAGCUUUACGAGCAGCUGUCCGUCUCCUACCUUUCAUUUGCCUCUUCAUUUUCUUUGUGAUGGUUGCAGGGGCAUCGCUACCGAUCUUUGGCAGAUAUAAUCUCUACUAUCUUCUUGGCGGCGGCCUUAUCACUGUUGGGUCCGCCUUGUUGUUCACAAUCCAUACAACUACGGCCAGCAGCAACAUCUACGGUUACGAAAUUAUGAUAGCAGCAGGUACAGGCUUGGCAUGGCAGAAUGCCUACGCGGUUGCUGUUUCCAAAGUCUCGGCAAAGGAUGUGCCGAAGGCACUUGGCUUCAUCAAUUUUGCUCAACUCGGGAGCACCUCCAUUUCGCUCGCAAUCGCCGGAUCAAUAUUCCAGAAUAUCGGAUACCAUAACCUCAAGAACGCGUUUGCAGGCUAUCCUUAUCCCGAUGGUUACAUACGCUCCGCUUUGGCUGGGCGCAUUUCUCCGGUGUUCUCCUCAAAUGAUGAAACCGCCAUCAACAUUGCUAUAGUUGCUGUUGCAGAGACUAUUCGAAAAACAUUCGCGCCACCCAUGGCAGGUGGUGCGUUGAUGAUCAUAUGCUCUCUCCUUAUGAAAGUCGAGAAACUAGAUUUGAGCGUCGUCGCUGCAGGCUAGAAAGGUGUCGAGCCGUGCAAACCGUAAUAAUUGUUCAAUGGAAGCUCUGCAAAGGACAUGAACAUGGAAUAUUACCUGAAGAUAUCAUCAUCUCAAGUGAACUAGAGGUCUCGAAAGAAUCAGUCUGAAAUACGGACCUCUUGCUCUCCCUAUCUCACCCGCCUUGGAUGGUCAGUGUCGUAACCCCUUGCUUCUCUGAUCAAUUUUGAGUCUCUCCAAAUUCGCUUAUCCUUUUCGGCAAUAGAAAUAGAUUAGAAUUCAUUUCCG